AGGCCUAUAAAAUUGUUUUGUUAUAACGAGAGCACACCGAAUCUUUUUUGUUAUUGAUUUCGCAAGACACGGCGAAACGCGACACGAAAAAGAAUUUGCAUAAAAGAAACUGAUAGUAACGUGCUUAAAUUACGCCUUAUCGAUACCAACGCCGUUGGAUAAAUACGAUUUUGUAGAUCGUUAGUAAUAAACGCCUGAAGAUACGACUGAGCAUUUCUCGGCUUUAUGGCUGGGUGAAAUAUUUUCCGUAAAUAUGGCCUUUGCUAUCUGCCGAUUGUUUCGUCGGCGUGGUCUCUGUUAACGAACAAAAAUAGAAAGAAAACUCAGAAAUCGGGGGGUUUGUGGAAAAGACAUUAUAAGAGGAAAACAAAGCCCUUUUCAAAUACGUUAAUCCGAUUUUUCGGAUAAAGAAUCGUUGAUAAAUUACGCGUGAUUGUGAAGCGCCGUGUCUUUGUAAGGUUUCCCUCAUUUUCCGUGAAACUGUAAAAACCAAUCGACGCAGAACGGAUAUGGCAAAGAUUGUUCUAUCCGAUGAUAUUUAUUUUAUAUAUGACGGCAGUUUAGAUUAGGCUUAGAUGUUAUUGUACGCGCAGGUCUAGAGUUAGCAUAUGUUGUGGCUUUGGUGUUUAAUAGUUCAUUCGCCCUGCGACAACGCAUCGGAAAUUUAUUAAAUGUAUGUUAGUUUGCUUUUUUGUCGAGAGACGAAAUCUACUACAGAGAAAGAGAGGUCCCUGAACAGUGUUGUUUAGGAGUUACACGAUUUAACGAUUUUUAAAUACUCGGAAACAAAGAGUCUUUCGUUCCCUUACUUCCGUGACGCGGGUCGUUUGCAGUGCUGUAAAUGAUCCUUCAUAUCAAAUGUGACUUUACACAUGAAAGGAAAUUUUUGUAAAUUUAACAAGCGGAGAUAUUUUCAAUUGGAAUUCUUACGAGUCUAAAGUGCCAGGAAAAAAUAGAACACGGAUACAGCUGAUUACUGUGAAAUCUAACAUUGUUGUUGAGUGACAGUCGUGUAAAUUUCAUUAAGCGGAAAUAUACACAUUAUUUUGUGUGCGUAGCCGCUACAUUUUCUGCUGGAUUGUAAUAGGGCUGUCGUUUAUUAUUUUACCUAGAAAGCUUACGUGCUUGUUCAAUUUUAUCUGAGUAGAUCUAAGAUCAUGUGACCGCGUAUAAUUACCAGUGACGGCGUUUCUUUAACAUCGAUAUCUUUAUACACCAAACAUUCAGUUACGGAAACAGCCCCAACUCUUAUCAAUCGCUGGAGUGCGAGAAUAUAUUGUGUGUGCCUUUAUAAUCAUAGAUUUUUAGCACAUAUUAAUGUUGUUACGAUCAGCUACGGAAUUGGACGAUUUUUUCUCUCUCUCGUUUCUUGAUGGAUUAGUAACUUUAAUGUGAGAUUCAUCUGGUCCGAUUAAAUCGUUGCCGAUCAUUAUGAAAUCGUACUAAAGCACACGAGGACGUGUUCUUCGGGGGAUUUAGAAACGAUAUCCGGGGUUAUUUGUUGAAAGCGUCGCGGCACGGCGGUCGGCUCAAUACUGACUUAAUUUUAAAGUGCGUGUCGAGCGACGCGGUAUUGGGUUAUUUGUCUCUAAACCAUGGGUCGAAAACCAUCUACGGAAAAGAAGAAAAGGGGACCAAAGAGACCGAAAAGGGGUUCCAAACCUCUGAAAAAUGACGAGUGUACCCAGUCCUUGCGAGAAUUACCGGCCAAGAAAAAAUCACGAGAAUUGGGGAACAUUUCCGCAAUUGCAAAAAUUGACAUGCAGGCUGUUACAGCUGAGGAUGUUGUCACUCCAAAAACCCAAGAUGGUGAGGUCAUCCUGGACGUGGAAUGUGGCCCUAACAAGGCAAUAUUAUUUCUAUCAAAACUUUGUCAAGGAAGCAAAGGACCUUGUAUAUCGUUUCAAGGAGCAUGGCUAACUCCAAAUGAAUUCCAGUUUGUGAGUGGACGGGAAACGGCCAAAGAUUGGAAAAGAUCUAUUCGACACAAUGGCAAAAGCAUCAAGUUAUUAAUGGCUAAAGAUAUCUUGACCAUUACGCCAGACAACACAAAGAACGGAGAAUCGAUACCAAAGAAAAAAUCAAAAUCGACAUUGGACAAGAAAAAAAGUAGCCAGGAAAAUGUUGGAAAUGACGAAGUGAAAAGCGAUAACGUACCAACAUGCCCUGAAGCUGAAAAUAAGGAAAAUGUACAAGUAGAAAAUAACAACAGCAAGGACUCCGACGAUGUUAAAAACGAGAACCCCAAAUCGACGGCGGACGGCGACAAUAGAAUAGAGGAAAGCUGGGAAGGCGGAAGUGAUACGACGGAGCCUGUCGAUUAUGAUUUCGACAAAAGCGGGUUUGACGAAGAAACAUCGAACGUAAUCUCUGAAUGCGACGCUAUUAAAGCUGUAGCCAAAUUAAAAACAGAAGACGACGACCGAACGAAAUCAAACUCCGUCGUCUUAGAUGAAGUCGCUCAGAAAAUAACCCCAUCAAACCCCGAUAAAAUUCUACAGAAAGAAGGGAAUGACUUGGAGCGGAAAGCGGAAAGUUUUGAUUGUAACCACAUUUCAGCAAAAAUCAAUGGUGGAAAAAAUGAGAGCAAAAGCGAAACGUGUUCAAGUGAUAACGAAGCAAAAGAUAAUGAUGUAUCCGAUGAAAUCAAAUGCUCGUCGAAGGAAGAGACGAAAGAAAUCUCGGCCGUUCCUGUCCUCAAGAUAAAGAAACGGAGGAUUGCUAAAAAGAAUAAAACGAAAGGUCCGGACAUAAAACCUCCCAAAAAAGCUGUUUCUGAGAAAAUUAAAAAGAGAAAGCGUAAACUGUCAGUAUCGACCACCAAAGCUGCUAAAUAUACUGAAGGCGAGAAACUUGCGUCAGAAGAUAGCGACAGGGGAAAAAGCGGCGGGAAACCAGCAGACGACAACUUCGAACUUGGCGACAAAAACGACAACAGUGUUACAGCAAAUGACAGAAAUAGCUGUCCUCGAGAGUCCAGACUUGGAAGCAUCAUUAAUCAACUAAGAGAAAGUAGAGAAAAACGAAAACCAGGCCGAAGUGGCGAUGAUGUUUUCAAAGGUGAAAACGACGAAUCGGAAAAAGGAGAGAUAUCGGAAUAUGCCGAUUCAAACAUUCCAGUUUUAUCAACUGAAACAAAGGACGGAGAAAAUCGCGGGAAAAAGCAUACCUCUAAUCGUGAAAAAUCUCCCCGUAAACAUAGCCAAGUGAAGCGAUCACCCUACUACAUGAAAAAAGAAGCAAAGCAAAAGUAUCUGGAGAUAUUUGAGAGAGAUGUGGAUGUUUGUAGUUCUCCAGAGAGUAAUGAAAGCCCAGCAAUAUCUAGUUCAGAUAUAAAAAAGCAUCCGGAAUCCCGUGUCAAGACGGAAUCAGAAUCUAUGUGCAUUUCAAAUCCGGACCAUCCAGAGACAUCGUCAGUUACACAUACAGAGAAAAUGGACGAAAACAGAAAUCGGUAUAAGCCAUGUAAAACAUUUAGUAUCGAUAGCAUCAUUUCAACAAGUCAAAGUUCAACACAAAAAUCUUCCCCUGAAUCAACGAAGAAAGCCAUACCGACCAUAUCUAUUCCUAAUACCGUGUCAUCUCAUAGUAACAUCUCCGAUCACAGUCCCACAGAUUAUAAUAUUUUUAGCAGAUCACCCAAUUCCACGUCACCCAGCAGAACAAAUUCACCAUUAUCACGAAAAGAACAUAUCCUACAGAGAACCGGAAGUCCCAGGAACGGGGUCCGGUCACCGCCACCUAACCCUACCGACCACUAUAACGAAUACAUGAAAGCGCUAGCAGCAACGUAUUCCAUAUUACCAAGUCCAACGCUUUAUGACCACUACUUCAGAUCUCCAGAAAUCCCGUUUCAUCCCGGAUAUGUGCAUCCGUACAUGUUUCCUUCCUUUACAGACCAUAAACAUCAUCUUCAAUCAUUCGCAGCGGCUGCACGUCCGCAGACGAUCAAAUCAAAGUCAGUGACGUCACCAAAAGUUGCUUCUCCGGCAGUAUUAGAUUUGACUCGGUUACCACAUAUGAUGACAUCAUCCCAUACUAUUACCAGUACUACGCCGAGUUCAGAGUCGUCCAAAAGAGCGACAAAACGUCCAUUAGUGUCGUCAGAGUCAGUCUUAGACUUGUCAUUUAAACGUCCCAAGCUUCAUAAUAGUAACAUAUUUGACAUUCCAAAGUGCAAUAUUGAAAGUCCUUUCAGUAACAGUGCGUAUCGUCUGCAUCAAGAGCUGUAUGGAGCAUGGCGAAACGAGCACUUGCCAUCGCAAAAUUCAAAACAAACACAUACCAGCAAUGGAAAGGCGUCAAAGCACGAUGGAUCAUCGUGCCAUUGCGCUGAAAACAGUUCCAAAGAUAUCCGCAAUUGGUCAGUUGAAAAGGUUGGACAGUUUCUGAAAAGCCUGGAGGGUUGUUCACCCUAUGUUAAGAUUUUCCAGGAGAACAAAAUAUCUGGAAAAUACCUUCCGCUCUUGACCACGGAUCAACUUGUGCUCCAUCUGGGAAUGAAGGACAAGCCUGCUAGAAUCCUCUGCGAGGCCGUGACAAACAAGGUGCUAGAACUACGUAAAUACUCCAUUCCAUGCGCAUACUGCAAAACGAAGAAAAAUCACCUGCAGUCUCAAGUUUGCUUUUAGAACAUUAUGUAGCAAGUUGGAAAGACAGAACAUGGCAGACAUAUUCGUUUUCCUUGGACUUUUUAAUGAUCUCUGACAAUCGUGACAAUCACAACUAAAGUACAUGUAUGAAAUGUUUACAAUGAAUAUUUGUUAAUUGAGUAGGAGUGUUCUGUACAGAAGGGUGACAUUGUGUAGUGUAAUGCGACGCCCUCAUGAUAGUUUAGACUUUAGUCAAUGUUUUGUGUAGAUGGUGCUGAAGAAACAAUUUAUCAAGUGGCAAAAGUGCUGAUAUUGUAAUGAAUAAUUAUCCAUUUUUUGUUAAUUCCGGAUGGAAAAGAUAUGAAAUUAGGAUAUCCAAGCUGUAAGUUCCAAGUACAUGUAUAUUCCCUCACAAAGUAUUCCCCUCUCCAUCUUCUAAGUCAAUGUUUCGGACUAGGCUCACCUAUGAAUGCGCAAUGAAGUCGCCUUUGAUACAUCAGAAAGACAAAGAUGAAAAGUCUGUGGCUGUAUCGAUCAUAGUCUUAGUUUAAUAAAGUUAAAGCGUACGGUGUUCAUGAUUAUAAUAGCAAUAUCGUCAGCUAAGUUUGUUCAUCGAUGACGCAGAUACCCUCGUUAUAUAUAUGUAUCGGCUGCAGAUAAUGUGUAGAGCACGCAAUUCAUUUACUGGGGGGGAAAUUAAAUCAAAAGUUUUAUUAUACAAUUUUGUCUGCCUGACUUAAGAAUAGGAGUUCGAUAUAUUCCACUUUAUAUGUGUUCAGCGACGUUUUCGAAAUCGGUUGAUUUUGAAAGUAAAUCGAUAUUCUUCAAAUCGUUACUGCAAGAAUUGUACAAAUUGAUACCAUUUUAGAGUACUGGUCACAGAAAUUGAUUUUAUAUACAGCUGGUUGCUAUGCAAGUAUAUAUACAUGUAAAGGGAGAACACCUACUUCAACUGAAAUCCAUUAGUCGGUAGUUAUAAAUGUGUGUGUUAGAGUGUAUAAAGUGUGUGAAACAAAAUUUAUGAGUUCAUUCUUGGAAAUAAAAGACAAAAUUCCAAUUUUUGUUUGGAAUAGUAUCACUAUGGCUAGAUACAUUGUAUGUGUUGUCAAAAAUAUGUUGUAGUGGGUAUCACAGUUGAAAGAUGAACACUUUGGAACUUAUCUUUGAUCGUAUUAUUGUAUAAUUUAUAUUACAUAUAUAUAUAUGCAACAAAAAUAACUGUUAUCUGAACAAUUUUGAUGUUGACAAAUAAAAAUAGAGAAUGAA